AUGGUUCAAGAUCUUAAUCUUUUACCAACCCCAGUAAGAUUUACGGCGGAUAUUAGCACAGAGAAGGUGCAUUAUUUGGAUUUGGAAAUUUCAUUGGGAGCAACACAUUUUCAAUAUUCUCUCUAUACAAAACCUACAGAUAGGAAUACACUCCUUCACUACCAGAGUGCACAUCCCAGGGCUCUGAAGAACUCACUACCAAAGGCACAAUUCCUAAGAGUAAUCAGGAACAAUUCGGAAGCAGCAAUUAGGGAUGUCCAGAUUCUUGAAAUGAAAAACAAAUUUCUUCAUAGAGGUUAUGACGAAUUUAUGUUGGAAACAGCGCUACAAGAAGCAUUGAAUGCACGCGCCAUUGAAACAAAGAAGAAACCUCUUAAUUUGGUUUUCCCUAUGGUAUACAACCAGUCUACUUCUCAAGUGGCAUCGGUCAUUAGGAAGAAUUGGAGGAUCGUGUCGAGUGACGACACGCUCCCGAAAGUGUUUAAAGAAAAGCCAUUAAUCUGUUAUAAGAGAAAUAGAAACCUAAAAGAUAUGCUAGUACACACGGAUCCCUCCCAAAGCUAUUUGAAUAUAGCGAAGGAACAAAUAAGAGGAUCUGUUCGCUGCCUUGGCUGUGUGACCUGUAGCCACAUGACACCUGCAAGAACUUUUUUUCACCCUCACAAUAAUAGAAAAUAUACUAUUCGAUAUACUAUUACUUGCAAGACGACACAUGUAAUAUACAAACUGUCUUGUCCGUGUGGCUUAUGUUACAUUGGGAAAACGGAGACGGCCAUCUGCGAACGAAUUAGGGGACAUAGAUCUUCUAUUAGACUGGCAUAUCGGGAUGGUUUUACAGAUAAACCGGUUGCAAAACACUUUUUUGAACUAAAGCACCCAUUGGCUACAUUGAAAUUUGUGGCUAUUGACCACAUCCCUAACCCUAGAAGAGGGGGUGAUAGGGGGAGGAUGCUACUUAAUAGAGAAGCCUAUUGGAUCCAUGAGUUGGACACUGUGUCUCCAAAAGGAUUAAAUGAAGCUUUGUCGCUACAUUCUUUUUUGGCCUGAAUGCCCCUUAAUGUUCUUUUAUAUGUGAUUUUAUAUUUGUGUGUAUUUUAGGUUUUUUAUGUGCAUUUUUCAUGACUAUCCUGUGACCGCCCUCUUAUUAUAUAAUCAACCAUCUUUGUUUUGCUAGCAUCAAUAGUUAUUGUUUUGAAAUGUGUUCAACAGUCUUUGAUGUAGAAUAUAAUAGUGCUGUUGUAACAAUUGUUUGAAAAUACAUAUUUGUUGAAUAUCAGUUGAGCAGAAACAAGAAAGAGAAAAUCAGUUGAAAAAAAAUCGUGUAAAAAAGCCUUAUAUAACCAUAUGUAUAUACCUUUUUUGACUAAUUUAUUAACAUUAAUCUCUAAUCAUUGGGGUUAUUUAAUAUAUACAUUCAUAUUAAUUAUAGUGGGUCACAGCAUGAGUACAGUUGCACUGUGGCACUUUAAAUAUUAUGCACGUAUAUGGCACUUUAAGAGAUAAUUUUGAUAGCACUUUUAAUGACCCAUUUGCACUUUAUUAAUAUACAUAGAUCACAUUCACACUUGGCUUAACCAUAUUUGGUAUGUCAAUGUUCCAUAGUAGCCUAGAUGUUCACAACUAGGUUAUCAUUUUUUCGAUAAGUUUGUUUCCAUAUUGAUGUGUUGUAGCUUCUCAUUCACAGCCGCGUUACUAUGGUAACGAUGGCGGCGCACACAUGAUGUCACAUUGGGGGCGGAACCUCUCCGCAUCACUGCACAGUUCCGGUUCAGAUGCCGGCUUCAAUAUAGUAUACGCUGGCCGCGUCACUAUAGCAACGGCGGCGUCACACGUUACGCCGGGGGGAGGGGCUACUCGGCACAUGCGCACAUUCCCGACCGGGACGCCGGUUGUUUCAUGGCACCUGUGGUGAGUUAUUGUCAUUUAUUGCAUCCUAUAUAUGGUUGAAUUGUUAUGUUAUGUUUCUAUGAUCCUGAUGAAAGUCCUUGAAUAGGACUGAAACAUCGAUUUUUUUAGGAGUACACAAUAAAAGCUAUGUUUUAAGAAUCCGUGAGUGCAACCUUUGAUUCAGCUAUUUGGAUAUUUGGAGCCCUGGGAGUGCACCCGGUUUGGAUACAUGGAGUUUGAGUGCAAGGUACAGUGCUUUUUUCUUUAUAUAUAUAUAUAUAUAUAUAUAUAUAUAUCCCUGAUAUAGGGUUCUCAGGUAGGUCCCAGAGCUAUGUAUAUAUAUCCCUGAUAUAGGGUUCUCAGGUAGGUCCCAGAGCUAUGUAUAUAUAUCCCUGAUAUAGGGUUCUCAGGUAGGUCCCAGAGCUCUGUAUAUAUAUCCCUGAUAUAGGGUUCUCAGGUAGGUCCCAGAGCUAUGAAUAUAUAUCCCUGAUAUAGGGUUCACAGGUAGAUCCCAGAGCUAUGUAUAUAAAUCCCUGAUAUAGGGUUCACAGGUAGGUCCCAGAGCUAUGUAUAUAUAUCCCUGAUAUAGGGUUCUCAGGUAGGUCCCAGAGCUAUGUAUAUAUAUCUCUGAUAUAGUGUUCUCAGGUUGGUCCCAGAGCUAUGUAUAUAUAUCCCUUUUAUAGGGUUCUCAGGUUGAUCCCAGAGCUGUGUAUAUAUAUCCCUGAUAUAGGGUUUUCAGGUAGGUCCCAGAGCUAUGUAUAUAUAUCCCUAAAAUAGUGUUCUCAGGUAGGUACCAGAGCUGUGUAUAUAAAUCCCUGAUAUAGGGUUCUCAGGUAGGUCCCAGAGCUAUGUAUAUAUAUAUCCCUGAUAUAGGGUUCUCAGGUAGGUCCCAGAGCUCUGUAUAUAUAUCCCUGAUAUACGGUUCUCAGGUAGGUCCCAGAGCUAUGAAUAUAUAUCCCUGAUAUAGGGUUCACAGGUAGAUCCCAGAGAUAUGUAUAUAUAUCCCUGAUAUAGGGUUCACAGGUAGGUCCCAGAGCUAUGUAUAUAUAUCCCUGAAAUAGGGUUCUCAGGUAGGUCCCAGAGCUAUGUAUAUAUAUCCCUGAUAUAGGGUUCACAGGUAGGUCCCAGAGCUAUGUAUAUAUAUCCCUGAUAUAGGGUUCUCAGGUAGGUCCCAGAGCUCUGUAUAUAUAUCCCUGAUAUACGGUUCUCAGGUAGGUCCCAGAGCUAUGAAUAUAUAUCCCUGAUAUAGGGUUCACAGGUAGAUCCCAGAGAUAUGUAUAUAUAUCCCUGAUAUAGGGUUCACAGGUAGGUCCCAGAGCUAUGUAUAUAUAUCCCUGAAAUAGGGUUCUCAGGUAGGUCCCAGAGCUAUGUAUAUAUAUCCCUGAUAUAGGGUUCACAGGUAGGUCCCAGAGCUAUGUAUAAAUAUCCCUGAUAUAGGGUUCUCAGGUAGGUCCCAGAGCUAUGUAUAUAUAUCUCUGAUAUAGUGUUCUCAGGUUGGUCCCAGAGCUAUGUAUAUAUAUCCCUUAUAUAGGGUUCUCAGGUUGAUCCCAGAGCUGUGUAUAUAUAUCCCUGAUAUAGGGUUUUCAGGUAGGUCCCAGAGCUAUGUAUAUAUAUCUCUGAUAUAGUGUUCUCAGGUUGGUCCCAGAGCUAUGUAUAUAUAUCCCUUAUAUAGGGUUCUCAGGUUGAUCCCAGAGCUAUGUAUAUAUAUCCCUGAUAUAGGAUUUUCAGGUAGGUCCCAGAGCUAUGUAUAUAUAUCUCUGAUAUAGUGUUCUCAGGUUGGUCCCAGAGCUAUGUAUAUAUAUCCCUUAUAUAGGGUUCUCAGGUUGAUCCCAGAGCUAUGUAUAUAUAUCCCUGAUAUAGGGUUCUCAGGUAGGUCCCAGAGCUAUGUAUAUAUAUCUCUAAAAUAGGGUUCUUAGGUAGGUACCAGAGCUGUGUAUAUAAAUCCCUGAUAUAUGGUUCUCAGGUAGGUACCAGAGCUAUGUAUAUAUAUCCCUGAUAUAGGGUUCUCAGGUAGGUCCCAGAGCUAUGUAUAUAUAUCUCUAAAAUAGGGUUCUUAGGUAGGUACCAGAGCUGUGUAUAUAAAUCCCUGAUAUAGGGUUCUCAGGUAGGUUCCAGAGCUAUGUAUAUUUAUUCUUUAUGUAGGUUUGUUUCAGGUAGGUUCCCAAGCUCUGUAUAGACAUCCCUCAGGUGGUGUUGAAGUGAUGUUACCACGUGAUAUCUGUAAUAUGUCCCCACUGAAUGAAGUUUUAAAUCACAAAGUAGCUAAAAUUUCCCAUUUCGUUUGUGAUAUUGUGGCUGAUACGAGGCUCUCUCCUCUCUCUAUGUGAUGCUCAGGUUGUGCUAGCUUCCACCAAGGACACAGGUCAGGUUGUUGCAAUUAAAGUAAUAAAGAAAGAUAAAGUUAAGGAAAGGACCAUUCAGAAGGAGGAGCGGAUACUGCAAAUGGCGAGCGGCAGUCCAUUCCUAUGUCAGGGACUCGCUGCCUUCCAGACCCAGGUAAGAAACGCUGUCCAUAAUGUUUCCUUAUUUCUAUAUAUUUCUAUACGGCUGAUUGUGUUCUGUUAUUAUUAUUACAAUAUAUAUAUUAACUGGAUAUAUGUUAUCUCUCUUGUGAAACAGAAGGAAGCCUCCCUGGUCAUGGAGCACGUACCAGGGGGCAGUCUCCAUUCUUACAUGGCUGGAAAGGAAUGUCUGCCCAUGGGGGAAGCAAGGUGAGUCGUUAAUAGCUCUAGCAGGUAGGAGGAAGGAGUGAGUUUAACACACGAUACAGGAAUGUAAGGAUAUAUACAUAUACCCUCAAUAGUAGUGCUAUUAAUGGAGAUCCAUCAGGGGUACAGACUGGGUUAACAGUAAUGUACUAAACCAGAAUUCCUCCUUCAAUAUCAGCCAGACAAUGGGCAAUACAAGAAACCCAGCUCUGAUCCUAUUCUAUGCUCGUGUCCUAUUUUUUCUUUCUUUCUCUCUCUUCCCUCCCUUUUUUUCCCCUCCUCCUCAGUGGUAUCUCGCUCACUAGCUGAGGACGGAGAAUCUUACAUCCCUCUGGAAUACGUGAUGGCUUAAAUGGUUGACGAGUUGGAUAAUCGGUUGAUAUCAUGGAUUCCAUCUGAUGAUAUCGUAUAUGACAAUGCUUUCCAUGGUACUUCCUGCUAGGAAAGUUACUAUUGACAUGCAUGCCCAAACACCCAUCUUUCGAUAUACAGAGGCAACUUAGAACUUUUUAGAUGUUUUCCUUGUUAAUAACUCAUUCCGUGUCUGUCUGAGGCAUUACUGCACGUGUACACAUAAUUCUACCUGCUUUGUUCGAUUUAAAAAUAAAAAUAAAGAUUGUCUAAAACAAACAAAAAAAGAAACUCAGGACUAGCAGUGGGAUACGUUCUGUACUGACUGACGGCAGAUCGGGAGCCACUAGGGGUCAGCUGACCUGCCGCAGCGCUAAGCUGACUUCAGGGUGGAUCUUCUUCUACACACUUGAAAUACAAAUUGCUAUGACCAUGGAUCUUCGUAAUAAAUUCAUAUGUUUAUAGAUUAUUGAUUUGUACAUCUAACAAAUUGGAGGGGACUUGAAGAAUCAUAGAGCAGCUUGUGCUUUAUGGCAGAGAACCGAGAAGGGUUCAAUGGAUAAUAUAUCAAGGGACAGUCAUGUUCCAAAUUAAAACACUGAUGGUUUUAAUAACAAUAUUAAUGGUAAUAAAGUAAACUCUAAUCUCCCAAGGACAGGUCCUGUUUAGUUUAAAAUGAAAAUGUUAUGUUCAUAUUGGUCGCAGUGUUUAGCAUGAUGUAUAGAUACUCGUACCUUGCCCAGGUAUAUUUUAUUAUUUUAUUUACUAUUAAUGUUUGGGGCAGAUUGCUUUAUAUUCUUUAUAUUCUGUUUUCCAGGUUCUUUUCAUCAAACCUUGUUUGUGGGAUCCAGUACCUCCAUUCCCGGGGGAUCCUUCAUCGGUCAGUAUUAGCGUUAGUUUAUUCAGUAAGCGGUAACUUACUCUAACAAGAAAUAAUGUGUUUAUAUCUCUGCUCUGUCCUAUAUCUCACCUUUAUAUCUGUCUUCAUCAUUUAGGGAUCUGAAGCCAGAUAAUAUUCUCCUGGGUGCCAACGGCUAUCUCAAAAUAGCUGACUUUGGUCUCUCAGCAGAAAAUAUCUUUACAGAUACAACAACCAGAGGACACGCUGGCACACUGCUUUACAUGGCGCCAGAGGUUAGUUAGAGGGUGUGGUUACGUGGAAUGUAGGGGGAGGAGUUACGAGGAGUGGUAUAAGAGCAAUGCAGUAGCUAAAGGGGUGUAUAACGAGCAGUAGAAGGAUGACUAACACGAGCUGGGUAUAAGGGCAGUAUCAGAGUAUUAAUGGAUGCACUGACAAGAACGCUAUUGGACUAGCCUAAUAAUAAAAAGAUGGGUAAUGUAUGAAGAUCUCUAGAAUGUGAUAGGUUUGGUACAUUUAAUACCAUAUUUAAUAAAAUUGCAUAUCUUAUGGGUUUUGCCAGGUACUCAGCAACAAACUGUACGGCCAAUCAGCAGACUGGUGGUCAUUUGGCGUAAUUCUCUGCCGCAUGAUCACCGGAAAAUUCCCAUUUAAUAACAAGCUCAGCAGACAGGAGUACAUCAAGGAAGUAUUAAACACUGACCCACGUUACCCCACCUGGCUGUGCAGCAAUCCUACAGACCUCCUGGACAAGGUAAGGUGAUAGAGAAUGUGCCGGUUAAUGUUUUAAUUGGAUGUAAUGAUAGGGGAUGUAAAGAAACAUUAAAGAAAAUACUGGUGGAGAUAUGGGGGGGGGGCGUUACUGGGAAUCGAUACUAGUUAUAUUUCUUGGAGUAUGUACUAAACAGGUUAAAGAACCAACUGGAAUAGUGAAAGUAACUUGUGUUCCGUGCUGAGAAGCUUCAGUAUUCCACAUUCAUGGCUGUCGCCCCCUUUUGCACGGGUUUGAUAGCGGCAUGGAGUGCUGGGGUGUUUAUCUAAAGCCUGAAAUGACUUAAAUCCUGAUGUUUAAUGGGUUAAUACUAACAUUUAAUAAUGAUGGCAGAUAAAAACACUGACAUUUAAUUUACAAUACGUAAUCCUAUUUAUUAAGGGUAAGAGUGGACUGGAGUGUCCUAGUGGGAGAGUUAACAUAAAAAGAAGAGGGGAAAAAAGCAGAGGGAAGCCAUACCUUUUAAUAAUCCUAGGGGAAAAACAAUAGUGUGGAAAAGUAUCAGAACCCUAAAACAGGACAAGGUGAGAGACAACUAGUUAUUACUAUUAUCAGCGUAUAUAAUUGCGUACACGGAUACCCGUAGAAAUCCCCCAAAAUCUGCUUUUUCCCCCUCUUCUUUUUAUGUUAACUCUCCCACUAGGACACUCCAGUCCACUCUUAUCUUUACUUUGUACAUUGUGUGUUAUUCCCCAGAUUUAGGGAGAGUAACAGUGGGCAUCCUUUGGCACUGCUCCAUUGGUCCCUCAUUGUUUUGGGACUUUUGGAUCAGAGCCUAUUUUCUUCUUUUCAUUUAUUAAUCCUAUUUAUUACUCUCUGCCUGCAACCGACAGACAGAUCAUGCAGCCAUUUUAUGUUCCGGACAACACAAGAGGAAAUCUAAAUUAAAAAAAACAUUAUUUACAAAAAAUUAGAUUUGCUGGUCAGUCAUAUAAUCGAGAUUUUAGUUAAUGUAACACAUAUACAACAAGCUUUUCACAAGCACUGCCUCAUCUGAGGUUUGUUAGAAGGUUAAAAUGGCGUCCUCCAUCAGAGGUGAUUGGUUUUGAAUGCAUUAAAGAUUGUAUAUCAAAGUGUUACAGUUCAGAGAUAUAAUGUAAAUUAUACUCAGUGUAUCCUCUCUAUCUCUCUCUCUCUCUUACUAGCUCCUGGAUAAGGAUGCUACUGAACGUGCUGUGGCAGGAAGGAACAUUCGGGGGCACCCCUUCUACACAAACAUUAAUUGGGAAGAUCUAGAGAGGGGCAAAGUGACCUGUCCAUUCUUGUCAUUGCUGGUAAGUACACAAAUAAUCAGUAUUUACAAACUGAGGAAAGAUUAUACAGAAUAAUAACUCCACCACAAAAGCAUGAAAACUGAUUCCUUGAUCCACCAGUAAUCAUAUCCAAGAGAAGGGUUCCAUUUAAAAAGAACUGACUUAAUUUAUAUAUGUAUUUAUUUAUUAAUUGCUAACACUGUUGAUCAUGUUCUACUUCUUCAAACUCUUCAAUCACUCUGUGUCUCUGUGACACUGUCCUCUCGUGGUUUUCCUCCUAUCUGUCCCAAUGCUCAUUCAGUGUCUCCUUUUCUAAUGACACUUCCUCCCUUCGUCCUGUCUCGGUUGGAGUCACCCAAGGCUCUGUCCUUGAUCCCCUUCUAUUUUCUUUUUAUACUGCAUCUCUUGGCAAACUUAUUACCUCAUUUGGAUUCCACUACCAACUAUACGCCGAUGACACCAAGAUAUAUCUCUCCUCCCCGUACCUCUCCCUGCCAUCAUGCAAUGUGUCACUGCUUGCCCUUCUUCCAUCGCUGACUGCAUGUCCUUCCACUUUCUGAAACUCAAUCUCUCUAAAACUGAACUUCUUGUCUUUCCUCCUACUAAUAUUGAUUAUCCUCUCUCACUUUCCCUUCAAGUUGAUGGAACCCACAUCAGUCUAUCCUUGCAAGCGCACUGUCUUGGCAUCAUACUUGAUUCUGGCCUCACCUUUGAGUCUCACAUCCAGUCUUUUACCAAAUCCUGUAGAUUCCAUCUUAAAAACAUAGUCCGCAUGCGCUUCUUUCAUACGCAAGAUGCUAUCAAGCAGCUUGCCCAUGCUCUAGUAAUCUCUUUCAUGGAUUAUUGUAACCCUCUCCUAAUUGGUCUUCCCAAAAGCCAUAUUGCCCUGCUACAGUCUGUAAUGAAUAUUGCUGCCAGACUGAUUUUCCUCUCUAGUCGGUCCUCUGACACCUCACCCCUCUGACAGUUUUUACGUUGACUUCCUGUAUCCUAUAGGAAUUAAUUCAAAGUACUAAUCCAUACCGAUAAAGCAUUGAACAAUUCUAUAGCCUCCUACAUCUCCUCACAGAUCCGUCAGUAUGCCCCUUCUUGAUCUCUACCCUCUGCCCAAGACCUUCACCUGUCACGCUUGCAGGACUUCUCACGGGUGGCUCCUUUCCUUAGGAAUAGCCUGUCUACCCCCAUCAGAUUCUCCCUUAGUCUUCAAUCUUUAAAAAGUGCCUUAAAACCCAUCACACUAGGAAAGCGUAUGGCUCCCAGAUGAACCUCAACCUCACAUACCUGUCCCUUGCUCUCUCCUAAAAGGCAGCACUCUAUCUCUCCUCCAGUUUUGCUUUAUUCCUACCCUUUUUGAUUGCUAUAUCCUGUUGUAUUGUGUUUUAUACCCCACCUAUCAUUCCUGUAAGUUUUUGUAAUUAUCUUACUUAUUGUUAAAUACUCCCUCUUAUAAUAUGGUAAAGCAGUAUGGAAUCUAUUGGCACUAUAUAAAUGCCAAUAAUAAUAAUUGCUCCCCACCAUUACUGUGACCAUAAUACACAGUACGUUCAUAUUAUUAUGUAAGAAAUAGGCAAUGCCAGAUGAUGCUAAACUAAUUACAUAUCACUUCUUGUUGCAGACACCGUAUCAAGAGACAGACACCACAGAAGAAUUAAUUUUUUUCUGCUAAGUAACACCUCUUUUUUUCAAGACUAAGUCAUCCAUGGCCUGUCCUUCACAAUCUAGGAAUAUCGGUAAUGAAAGAAAAGAAAAGAUGUCCAGCAAAGAAGAUGGUGACGGCCACAUGUUGGUCAAACUAUAG